GACGCUCUGCUGUCCGCUCCGCUCAAUGUGACCAUCAGAGAGCUGGAGGUCAACUCUGCCGUGGUGACGUGGGAAAUCUUGGAGGGAGACCCCGUCAUUGGAUUCGCCAUUACCCAACAGAAAAAGGAUGUGCGAAUGCUGAGGUUCAUCCAGGAGGUGAACACCACCACACGCUCCUGUGCAUUGUGGGAUUUAGAUGAGGACACCGAGUACAUUGUGCACGUUCAGAGCAUCAGCAUGGGAGGCAGCAGCCCCCCAAGUCAGCCCGUGCUUUUCAGAACACCAAAAGAGUCAGAGAAGAUGGCAUCCAAGAGUCCUGACGAGGUGACGAUGGAGGAGGUUGGUCAGGCUGCCCAGCUGAGGGCUGGAGAACUCAUCAUCAUCGUGGUGGUGCUCAUCAUGUGGGCAGGAGUGAUUGCCUUGUUUUGUCGUCAGUAUGACAUCAUCAAAGACAAUGAGCCUAACAACAACAAAGACAAAGCCAAGAACUCCUCAGAGUGCAGUACUCCUGAGCAUCCACAGGGGGGGCUACUGCGCAGCAACGUCUAGCCCAGCUCUGCACCGCCUUUUGCAAUAACCAACCCAAGACCUCAGGACAGAUCCUGAGCCCAACAGGAAGCCAUUCUCUGACAAAAAUCCUGAAGAGCAGAUAGGUCAUUAGAAAAUCUUCUUGACCAUGGAAGCUCUGCGUUUAUGACGCAGAUAACUCUGAACUGGCCAAAAUCCCAGAUUUCCAGCGGUAAAACAGGAGACAGCAGAGGAUAAAAACUCUUUCUUGUCCAGAGACACGCGUGGCUGCUGGACAGGCUCCUCCUGAUGAGGACUGCUUGGUUCAUACGUUUCUGUUGAUCCUCAUCUUUGGCAUGGAAUUCCUGAAGUUAACCCUCACACAUGACAGCCAACUUCACAUCUGGAUCAGAGGCCACUUUAACUGGUCCAGGUACCAGUCAGCACACUACAAAACAAGCUAAGCUCUUUUUUAAACCAAGGACUGUCUCUUUUAUUUCCUGUCCAUCUUUCUGUCCUUCUUGCAGCCCUGUGUGUAGCAGCUCAUGUCUCUCCCUGUCUCUGUGUCAGUGUUUCUCUUAUAAGCACAUUCCUGUUUGGUGCUCCUCCCGUGGUGAAUGCUUAAGCCCCUGGAACCCCCCGUCUUUGAUGGUAUGAUUUUUAUUUCCAGCCAUUGGUAUUGCACGAUGAGUUCUGUCUCCUGCCUUUAUUCCUCUCCCAAUCUUUUUGUCACCAGCUAAAUAAUGUCUCUCUUCUCUCACCUCACUAAGUGGAACUUCUAACUCAUGUUUUGGUUCAGGGAUAAAUCCUGACUUGCUCUUUCCAGCUGACGUGUUUUUUGUUGAUUACAUACAGCUACGAAUCCCGCAGAGUUCAAGGAUUGACCAGCAGUCUGUAGCCAAAAUGAAAUAAGCUAAUGCUAGCUCCAGCUUUGAACCCAGAAGCAGGCAUCGGUGGCGACAUGGUGGAUGAGUAGCAUGGCUGAUCAGAGUCUCACUGUGCUUCACUGCUCAUCACUGCAUACUGAGCACAAUAUCCUGUCUCCUCUGGCAGCAGGAUGUGGAGGAAAAAUGGAUGUGGCGUCACAUCUAAUGUAAGUGUGGGCAGUUUGGCUGGCUUUCCUUUGUGGUUUGGCAAGCCACGAGCAGCAAUGCAAGGAAGGGGAUGCCUGCAAACCAUGUACUGAAAUGAGUUUUCUGUUGAAGCCCCAAUGCUACAGUGCAUCAUAAUUACAGACUCCAAAAAGUUCAGGUGCCAGGUAAAAGGAUGUGAUCUGCAAUAGAGAAUAAACUGAUGACUGAAAGCUCAAAGUUGAUGAACUACUUGAAAUUGCGCCCUGGGAGAAUAUAAGUAGUCGACCUUUUCUUUUUAGUCAGUCUAAAAAAGGACAACGGGAGGAAAAUGUCUCUACAAAUGGCAACAAUUUAUAUAAAGAAGAGCACCUAAGAGACGCCGAGUAAAGCUGAGCAAGGGUUAAGCAAUGUGCACAACACUGUGGGGCAUCUGGUAAACAAUAUUCCCUAAACCUAAAGGGGAAAGACUAAAAACAUUGACUGAAUCUGGAGGGGGACUAAAUGAGUUUGAAACCAGUGAGAAGGAAAUGCGAGCCCUACUGUAACAAUGUUUGAAAUGGCCUUGAUUUUGUCCUGUAAAUCACGGCAUGGGCACGGAAAUGUUUGGAGAAAUGGCUGUUUAUGAUCACUUUCCUCAGCAUCCACGCAUGCAGGUUAAAACUCUGCCAUGC